AUGGCGGCUUCCGAGUGUGUGGAGUUGCACGGACGAAGAGAUGAUGAUGAUGAAGUAAUUUUUUUGAAAGAUAAAUGUAUCCGGUAUUUUAAGCGGUGUCUUCAGGUUUUACCGGAAAGGUUUUCUUCGCUUGAUGUUACCAGGCUUACAGUUGCUUUCUUUGCUAUCUCUGGUUUGGACUUGUUGGAUGCUAUCGAUGCUAUUAAGGAUGAAAAGGAAAAGAUUAUUGAGUGGAUUUAUUCUUAUCAAGUGUUACCUGACAAAAUAGAAUCUAACAGGAGUCGUUGUGGUUUCAGAGGUUCUUCUGCAGUUGGUGCUCCACCCAGUAUGGGAAAGCCAGAGAAUGCCCAUCCAUAUGAUAGUGGACACAUUGCUAUGACUUACUCAGCUCUUUCUACCCUCUUAGUGCUGGGGGAUGAUUUAAGCAGAGUUGACAAAAAAGCAAUUAUUCAAGGUGUAGAAGCCUUACAACAGCCUGAUGGAAGCUUCUGCCCGUUAAUCGAUGGAGCAGAAAAAGACAUGAGGUUUAUCUACUGUGCAGCCUGUAUUUGUUAUAUUCUACAAGACUGGGGUGAGAUAGACAAGGAAAAGAUUGUCAAAUUUAUUCAAAAGUGCAUUAAUUAUGACGGUGGUAUUGCUCAAGUACCUGGAGCUGAGUCUCAUGGUGGCUCCAUAUUUUGUGCAGUAGCUGCUCUCUCACUGAUUGAUCAAUUACAAACAGCUUUCAGUCCCAGUCAGAUCAAUAAGCUUCGGUGGUGGUGUUUAAAAAGACAAGAUAGUGGUUUUCAAGGUCGACCAAACAAACCAGUUGAUACUUGCUACUCCUUUUGGGUUGGUGCUUCGUUAACACUCCUGGACUACUACCAUUUUGUUGAUACUCAGCAGAACAUUGCUUUUAUUCUGUCUACACAAGAUGAUAUAGCUGGAGGUUUAGCUAAAUGGCCUGAUGUAGUACCUGAUCCACUACACACAUACCUAGGAAUUGGAGGACUAUCAUUAGCUGGAAAAGAAGGAGUACUUCCUAUUCAUCCUGGUCUCAACAUUAGUAAACGGGCAGUGGAUCACCUGAAACAUAUACAUAAUCAAUGGGGGGUUGCCUCAAAUAUUUAUAGUUGACAUUAGUAACCACUACCAGGUACCAUUUUAUGUGGAAGUAAAGACUCAGAAAUCUGAAUCUGAGGAAAAGUAAAACGUGGACAAUUUUAGUUAUGAGGGUCAAGCAUACUUAGAAAAACAAAGUUCUUACAAGUAUAACAUUCUCUUCAGUUUUUUCUCCAAGUUUCUGUAUGUGUCAGUUGUUACUGGUUAUAGUGAAUAUUUUUCUUGGCUUAAUUUGAAAAGUUUGUGCUCAUCAAGUACUGCUGAACAUAUGCAUUUUAAUGAGGUAUCCAUAGAUUUAUGAAAUGAAGUUUCAGGAUAGUGUGACUAUAGUAUGAAAUUAAAAGUGUGUACUCGUAUUUUGACUCAAUAUCAUCAAUGUUGACAUGUGUAAUUACCGCCCUUCAGUUUCAAGCAAGUGUCAGAUUAAUAAAAAUCAUGUUGACAGCUUUUGUAUGAGAAAAGAUGUAAGCUAGAAACAUAAUACAUUCAUUAUUAAGUAUGGAAAAUUGAAGCAAAAAUUAGUCAUAAAUUUAAAGAUCUUGGGAAAGGUUUAGUCAUAGUAUAAAACUUACUCAGUGGGAUGUAUAUUUAAACCAAAUAUGUGUGUGUGUGUGUAAAGUAAUCAUGAAUAAUGGCAAAUUAAGCCAUUCCUCCUGAAAAUGGAAAGCAGAUUUAUACAUGGUAAUAGAUAUUUUAUAUUGAAAAUUCCUUGGAAAAAAAUUCCAUAAUGUAUUGCUUGUUUACAGCUCAUUGGAGAGAAAUAAAAAGAGUCGGUUUUAUAAUUUAUUAUCUUAUCAUUUUAAUUGAUCAAAGAAAGAUGCACUUGUAUUUUUGGUGAACGCAUUGUUAUUUUUAUACCAACCAUUUCAUCGUACAAUGUCUUAAGUUACUAAACAAACAAUGAAAAAAAGGAGACGUGCUAAGCAGAUAAAAGUUUUAAGACUUCGUAUUGUAUUCCAAGUUGUUGAAUUUUUGAAAAGACUUUAUUCUUGUUAAAGAUAAAGAUUUAUUAAACCAUACUGUGUUUUAUGUUAUAAAAGAACUCUUUGUAUUAUGUAUUUUUUUUUUUCGAUUUAUUGAGAAGCAUUUGGAUUAGUAUAGUAAAAGCAAUAUGUUAAUGCUGUUGACUACCUUGGAGGUAUUACUUUCAAAGGACAUACCUCUGGUCUAGUGUGAGGAUUAAAUAGAAAGAGUUGUUUUAGAACUCUCUGUAUUUCAGCUGUGUUCUUGUUGGCAAAAUAGAAAACUAGACUUUUACAUUAUUUUCACAAUUUAAUACUUAAUUACAAAAAUUAUUCGUACUGUUUUGCAAAGGAAUACCUGUGACUAAUGAAAUAAAGCAAUGUUCAAAAAGUAGGAUUUUUAAAUAGAUUUAAACCUUUAAAGCUAAGACCUUAUUGGAGUGAUUUAUUACAUUUGUAUUUUUGUUUAUAAAUUUUGUUUAUAACUAAUAGAACAGUUCAAAACUACCAAAUGUGUUAUUAAGCAUUUUGGAAGCUACAAAUAGUGGAAUUUUUAAGCGUCAUAUUGUAAUACUGGAUAGAUUUUUUGAGGGUUUUAAUCAUCUAUUUCCAGAGGAUUCUACCAACUCCAUAACGACCUUUAAUGAAAGAAGUAUUAAAAUAAGUUCAAAUUACUCCUAUUGCCGGGUAACUUAGUAAAAGAUUUUGUUCUUGUCUAGGGACAUUCAGAAUUAAUGCAAUAAUUAGAAAAUUUUGUCAAAGUAUUUACUCACAAGCCUUUAAAUUAAUGUAAACCCCUGUAAUGGUUUAGGAUAUUUAGUGUGGUCUACUUUUGACACUUGGAGGAUAAACUAUUUAAUUAGCAAUUUUUAUAAUGCUUAUCCAUAUCUUUGUAAGUGUUCCUGUGAUUAAUAGUCAUGCUUUUCUACAAGUUUUAACACUAAUAAAUUCCCGAACUUUUGCUUUUGUAUAGAAUCUUUGCCUUUACCCUAAACAUUUAAACUAGUUAAAUAAUAUUUUUUAGAGCCCCAAUAGUUCUGUCACUUAUUCUUGUAUAUAAUUUUCUGUGGGUUAAAAUCAGUUACAAAAUGUAGAUCAGCAAACGUUUUAGUGCUAGUUUUUGGUGCUAAUCUGUUAAAUGUUUGUAUGUACAUGUAAACAGACUAUUUUUAUUGAGGAGUGUGGAUCAAAUAUCAGUGAAAUGCACUUCACGGUAUAAAACACUACUCUUGAUAUCAGAUCAGAUCUCUGAACCUUUGUUGUUUUUAUUUUCAAAUAAACAGCUUGUGUGUUGAUUUUAAAUCAUUGAACACGCACCUUUUGUUGGUCCCUUGCUUGUUAAGCCUAGUCAGUUGUGUAAAAUAAGCAGUGUAAAAAUUUUUUUUUGUCUAUCUUUGUUGUGAGAAAAAAAAACGUAAAGUUCUCAACAUUUUAGUAAUGUUUUUUGAUAAGUAAUUUUCAUAGCUGAGAAUUCUGGUAAAUAUUACUUGUUUUUGUGAAAAGUUUACAUGUUUAAAAUAUAAAUCUGUACAGUAGAUUUAAAAUACUUGUUGAAACAAGGUGGUUGAACAUUCCGCACUUCAUUUUAUAUCAUUUCUGCAUGAAAUUCUAAUGAAAUAAACUAUUAUUAAGUGA